AUGGCCUGUUUCAACUGUGAACAGAAGCAUCCAAACGAGCUGCCGCCUAAUGAAAAACCAACAGGGCCAACCAUUAUGGGGCCUGUUAUUCCUUUGAAUCCAACUGGCCCGUCCAUGCCGCAUAGCCCACCGAUCGCACAGGGCACAGCAGGCCCAACUGUGCAAAAUGGUAUACCAGGGUUGCCUAGUGCGUCCGCGCCACAGGGCAAACCCAGCUCAACUAUCACUGGUGGUCCAGUCCAACCCACCCCACCCGCGCAAUCAAGCUACGGAAACCCAGCUGGAAUACCAGCUCCACCUGGUACACCCACACUACCGGGUACACAUAGCUCAAAUCUCCCUGGUACCGUAAUACCACCCACCAUGCCCACGCAGUCAAGCCAAUCAAUCCAAGUUGGAAAGGCAGUCCCAGCUGGUGCACCCACUUCCCAGGGCCCACCCAGCUCACCUUUGCCUGGUAAUCAAGCUCCAUCCAUUUUCGCCCGCGAGACCAAGCGGGCCAACGCCCCUUGUAAAACCAGCUCCGCCUGCUAA